GUCCCCCCCCGGGCCUCGUGACGGGCUCCCGGCCUGGGCCACCAUGGCCCCCCGAAUCCUCCUUGCCCUCCUGUUGCUGGGCCCCACAGCUGCGGAUGUGCUGGACGCCGGCUUCCGGGAGCGCUACUUUGAGCAGAUGUUGGACCAUUUUAAUUUCGAGAGCUACGGAAACCAGACUUACCUCCAGAGGUACCUGAUCACAGAGAAGUUCUGGCAGAAGGGGUCGGGGCCGCUGUUCUUUUACACGGGGAACGAAGGCGACAUCUGGACCUUCGCGAAGAACUCGGAUUUCAUCCUGGAGCUGGCGGCCGUGGAGUCGGCCUUGGUUAUCUUUGCGGAGCACAGGUACUACGGCAAGUCCCUGCCGCUGGGGCCGGGGUCCGUCCGGAGGGGGAACACGGGGCUGCUCACCGUGGAGCAGGCCCUGGCCGACUUCGCCGUCCUCAUCGACGCCCUGCAACGGCAGCUCGGGGCCACGGGCCUUCCGCUCAUCACGUUCGGUGGGAGUUACGGGGGGAUGCUGAGCGCCUACAUGAGACUGAAGUACCCCCACCUGGUGACGGGCGCCCUGGCCGCCAGUGCCCCCGUCCUCUCCGUGGCUGGACUGGGCGACCCGAGGCAGUUCUUCCGCGACGUCACGGCGGAUUUUGAGAAUUUCAGCCCCAAGUGUUCCGGAGCGGUGCGGGAGGCCUUCCGGCUGAUCAGCGACCUGGCUCGGGAGCAAGCGUACGACGUCAUCAGCCGAGGCAUGGCCACCUGCGACCGCAUCUCCGACGGGGCCGACGUCCAUCAGCUGCUGGAGUUUUCCCGCAACGCCUUCGCCAUGAUCGCCAUGAUGGAUUACCCCUAUCCCACCGACUUCAUGGGCCACUUCCCGGCUCAUCCCGUUGCGGUCGGAUGCGAGCGGCUCCUCGCGAGCGGUGACCGGCUCCAGGGACUCAGGGCGCUGGUCGGCCUGCUGUACAACGCGUCGGAGUCGGCGCCGUGCUUCGACAUCUACCGGCUCUACCGAAAGUGCUCCGAUCCCACCGGCUGCGGCGUCGGCCCGGACGCGGAGGCCUGGGACUACCAGGCCUGCACGGAGAUCAACCUGACCUUCGAGAGCACCAACGUGACGGACAUGUUCCCGGCCAUCCCGUUCACGGACGCGCUCCGGGAGCAGUACUGCCUGGAAAAGUGGGGCGUCCGGCCGCGGAAGAGCUGGCUGCUCACGCACUUCGGGGGGAGCGGUCUCCAAGCUUCCAGCAACAUCAUUUUCUCCAACGGCGACCUGGACCCCUGGGCCGGCGGCGGGAUCCAGACUAACCUGAGCGCUUCCAUCGUGGCCAUCACCAUCAAGGGAGGAGCCCAUCACCUGGACCUCCGGGGCUCCAACCCGGCCGACCCGCCGUCCGUCAGAGAUGCGCGGAAACUGGAGGCGUCGUUGAUCCACCGGUGGGUGGAAGCCCGAAGAAAGUAACAGGCGCCGUGUCCCCGUGGUGACUCAGGAUGACGGGGAAGCGUCCCCGAGGCGACCCCAGAGGAGGCGGCGGACGCAGGCUUUCCAGAAAUCGCCCGGCUCCUGCGGCAAAUUGGCUCCCGUUAUCCUUAUUCCGUCUCUUCUCGUUCUCCUCUUCACUCACGGAGGCUCCAACAUCAUCCCUUUACGGGCUUAGGGGGUCACCUUUCUCCAGGCACUCCGGCUCUCUGCCCCUCCUCAAAGACGCACCCCUUAGGAGGAACCGGUUCUGAAACGGGUCUUGGAAAAACAAACAUCCAACAGGUCCGGCCUUGGGCCUACUCCAAAAUUUACUUUUCCAAGGCCGGCAACUUGAGUCAGCCCUCCGGCCUGCUGCUCUUUCUUCUUCCCGGGAAGGGAAUCGAAGCGCUAGAGGCCGAGCCGUGUGGGAAAGGGAACGAUUUCGGGAAUAAAACCCCCACGGACACGGGUUCUGGAACCUUCCGUCCAGCCUUACUCCUCCUAAAAGCGGUUGCCAGAAUCGGCGGCCCAGUGAAAACACGCUUCACGCAACUUCUUAAAAUAAGUUAUACGUUUAAUAAAAUGUGUAACGAAG